AUGGACGUUGGGUCGGAACGCGAGAUUUUUUGUCCUGGAAAUGUUAACACAAAUGAUUCAAUAACUAAUUCAAAUUGUUACACAUCAGAUGGAACAACCGUUUCCACUUGGACGUCAAAUUCACAGCAUAAUGUUGGAUCGGAAAAGUUUAAGACUCAUCAGCCACAGGAAUAUCUUGGAGACGAAUUGGUGAAAGUUUUAACUUGGGCAGCGUACAGGACGUACAAGUAUCAACCAUCGGAUCCCAUGCAUUAUUAUGCCCAUCAACUCUUGCGCUGGCGUUAUGGCGAUGUACUGGAAAAGAAUUCGCCCUAAAAAGUGAUGGAAUUUUGGCAAUAUCAAUGGAAAAAAAUAGCAAACUUCAUUCAAGAUUUAUCAUCCACUCGGUAUAUAUAAUGUGAGGUGUUUUUUUUUCUUUUUUUUUCGAUAGAAUGAAGAAGAAAUAAUUCAGGUACAAUGAUGUUCGAGUGAACGACGAUCGUGACAAUAAAUACAACACCGAUGAAA